AUGUAUGCAAAAAUCGAAACAGAACGUUUGAUAUUCAUCCGUUUGAAUCAGACCAAGCUUCGCUCUGAAGAAUACGUUCAUUUGCGAGAUGCAGUUGUAAAUGACGGUAAUACAACUAAUGUUGGAAGACUAACAAUUUUGCCAUCUUCACAUACAGGCAGUCCACGUCAUAUGCAUGAGUACGCUCAAGAUGCAAUUGCGUAUGUUCGUCACUACGGGCAUCCAGACCUAUUCAUUACAUUCACAUGCAAUCCAGCUUGGGACAAUAUACAACAGCUCUUACCUCUUGGGCAAUCGCCGGUGGAUAGGCAUGACAUCACAGCACGUGUUUUCAGACAAAAGCUGAAAUCGCUGAUGGAUUUCAUGGUAAAACAUGAAGUGUUUGGGUCUGUGCGCUGCUGGAUGUACUCAGUGGAAUGGCAAAAGAGAGGAUUGCUACACGCACGUAUACUAAUCUGGCUCUAUAACAAAAUCACUUCAAACGAAAUUGACGAUGUAAUAUGCACUGAAAUACCCAAUGCCGACGUCGAUAAGAAUUUGCAUGAAGUUGUGACGAAAAAUGUGAUACAUGGACCUUGCGGUACACUGAAUCCAAAUUCACCACGCAUGAUAGACGGAAAAUGCUCUAAGCGAUAUCCUCGAGCAUUAGUAUCUAACACAGUUACAGGAAACAAUGGAUAUCCUUUAUACAGAAGAAGAUCAGCAGAAGAUGGCGGUAAACUAGCAACCAUACAAAUGCGAAACGGUAACAUCGAAGUAGAUAACCGGUGGGUUGUUCCAUAUUCGCCUUUGCUAUCAAAAACAUACAAAGCGCACAUAAACAUGGAUACAUUUGUAAGUACGUGA